AUGUUCAUUUGCACAGUCUUUUCUUUGAUCAAUCUUAUUGUUUCUGAUUGUGAAUCUUGCUAUAUGCAUCAAUAUAAACCUGAUAAAAAGUUUGAGCAGAAAUCGAAUCGAUUUUGGGAGUUCAAAGAAGAAUCCAACACAUGGGUUGAAGUGAAACUACCUUACGAUCUAGUUUCUUGCAUCGAUGAUAACUGUACAAUAGUGAAUUCAAUCAAGCAAAUGAACCCAGAGAGCGAAGAUCAGAAAGGAGAAUCUGAUGUUUCUGAUAACAAGGAUCAAGAAGAAAAGGAGGAGAACAAACGAGGACUAAAUGGAACUUCUUACGCGAUUCUUCCAUUGAGAAGGAGAGUUUCUUUGACAAAAAUGUCUGAUUCAUCUGUUUGGGUUACCGGUGAAAGUGGUUCGAUUUACGAGAGGUUUUGGAAUGGACUACAGUGGGUGAUUGCACCCCAUGAUUUACAAGUAUCGGCAGGCUAUGCAGUUUCUGUAUUCAUGGUUAAUCAUACAAUUCUUGCUCUAUCUGAGGCAGGGACUUCAUAUCAGAUGCAGCUGACAGAAGAUUCACAGCCAAUUUGGAUUGAAUUCAUGCCGGUAUUUGAUCAGAGCCCAAGUAAAGAGCCAGACCAAAGUUCAGCAGUUUUACUUACUUCUGGAGUUACUUCACAGGACAGAGAGACGAUGUUUCUCUGCACAAAGAAUGGAUCAUUGUUGGAACUUAGAGGGGUCGAUCCUCCAACGUGGAUUAAUCACGGACGACCUCCUGGUGCAAAUGUUGCAGCAAUAGCUGAUGCUGCUACAAUUAGGGCGGGAGUAUUGUUCACUGUAAGUGCUGCAGGGGAUCUUUAUGAAUAUGAUCAAACAUCAAAACCUCCAUGGAAGAAGCACAUUCAAAGAGAACAAUCGAGAAAAGACACUUUAUUGGCUCCAUUUAGGGGAUGCAGUUUACAUGGACUAAAUGGUGCUCAUACAGUAUCUCUCUUUCUCUUAACAAAGGGAGGAGGGUUGGUCGAAAGAAGAUUACACCAGAGGAAAUGGAAGUGGGUGGUUCAUGGAAAUCCUAAAGGCCAUCUACUGUCAUCCAUCACUUGCGUAUCUCAAGAUGAAUAUAAUGAGAAUACGAACUCGUUGUUUCUUACAACAGCAGCUGGAUUCAUUUUCGAAUAUCAAAUUCCUAAGUAUUCAGGCAAUUUUCAAGAUCAAGAAGUUGAAGAGAAUUGGGUGAAUCAUAUGCAUCCUCCAAAUGCAAAAGCUGCAAGAGGUAUUGCAGGCCUACAUUUACAAGUUGGGAGGAUGAUUUUUCCACUGGACGACGGUAGGCUUGCAGAACUACAUUUAUCAGGCCUUGGUGGCGAAAAUUUAGGCCCAAACUCUCAGGUUUAUGCCCGGAGAAAAUCAUCAUACAAGUAUGUUUGGUCAGUACUAGAUGCCCCAGAAACUGAAGGGUGGAAUGCAGAAUAUUGUGUGGAAGAGCGUGGGCCGUCAAAUUGCAUCAUAGGCACAAAAGAUGAGAUCAGUGGUGUAGCUAAUACCAGGUCGAGUUCAAGAAGGCGAAAGGACGGAAAAACUCAGCAGAAUUACUUAUCAGUACAUGCGUCAGAUAAUAGUAUGUCAGCAAUUUCAAUGGAAGAGUACAGUAUCCCGGAUAAUUGGAUCACGAACUUCCGCCUCCGACUAAUGCAGGAAGGCAAAUCAUUUUUUCUUAUUACAGAUAGCGGUUUGACAUUCGAAUAUUUGAAUACAGAAAAUGUGUGGUUCUGGCUGAAGCACGAGCAUCCAACUGCAAUGAAAGGAGCACUCGGAAACUACAAUGGAAGCUUUUUUUUGGUCGAUGAGAAUGGGAGUUUGCUUAUCAGAGAAAGAAACAGCACUGAUCUGACAUGGAUAAAUUGCACUGCUAUGAGAAAAGGAAGGCAAGUGGUUGGUGGUCCACCGUGGGACAAUGUACCAGGACGAGCACCGAAAGCUAAAGCAGAAGAUGCAAUUUUCUUUGUUAGCAAAACUGGGAGAUUAUUACAAUUCACGGUUGCACUGAGAAAGUUCAAAUGGAAAGACUGCAAAAAUCCUCCAAAUACUAAAAUUGCAUGUAUAGUGGAUCAAGAAGGGUUCAGAGAAAACAUAGUAUUCGUUAUUGGGAUAAACAAUCGUCUAUACCAAUACAACAAAAUUACGGAACUAUGGCACGAGCAUUAUCAAUCCCAACAUUUACUUCUAUCAAGAUCCCUUGGAACUGCUACGAGAUCAUCAUCAGUAUCGUUAAAGGGCUCGAUUUUCAUGCUUUCAGAUGAGGGGGGACUCGUGGAAUAUCAAUGGAAUCCAUUUGAUGGUUGGGACUGGAUAGAACAUGGAACUCCAUAUACGAAUGUGACCUUGGUUGGAUCACCUGGACCUUGUUUUGGAGGAACUGAAUUAUUCUUAGUAGGUUCAGAUGGUAAUGUUUAUUUAAGGUACUUAGAUCAAAGAACGUGGAAAUGGAGGGAUUGUGGCUUUCCUUACCGAGGAAGUAAAAUCGAUGACAAUGAGAGACAGGUCGAAGAAAAAUCAAGAGAUGAAGAAAUUUGUAUCGACAAAGAUUUUGAUGCUAGUUUUGAGAAAAAUGAAGAAAACCUCCAAGCUAUAAAUAAAAACUGUGAUCUAAAGGUAGCGUCUACACGACCAAUUCCAUUCAAUGAAGAUUCAGCCAUAUUUGAGUUAAGAGAUGGCCGCUUAGCAGAAAUACGACGAAUAGGAGACAAGAAUUGGGAAUGGACGCGUACCAUUGGCACUCCAACAAGCUUGUGCAUGGCAAACUUCUGGACGUCCUUGGUAUCAUAA